ACCCCGCAGGCUCCGAGCAUUUGCCGCUGAGACCGUUUCUUGGCGAAGUCACGAGGGGCAAACUGCGCAGCGUCUGAGCGGAAGGGCCGGCGCACCCACAGAAGAGCGGGACAGCCCGUGGGACCUCAAACCCGGAUCCGGGAUAGAACACAGGAAGCCUGUCGAGGCCCUGUGGACCGGGUUUGGGAGCUGAGGCGAGGGCAAUCAUGGGUCGGCCGGAGAGAGGCGUGCUGCGGCCGGCGUGGGGACCGACGCGGACACGAAAACAGCGACGCCUGCUCCUCCUCCCUCUGCUGAUCCUCUUGCUGCUCUCCCAGGGCGAGUCCAGCAUCACCCAGCCGCUGCCAAGGGUGUUUCUUCCCUUUGAAGACCUAAAAGCAUCCGAGUCAUUUGAACACUACAGCCUAUCUGAAAAGCCCAUGGACUACAGGAUCCUGUUGAUGGAUGAGGACCAGGACCGCAUGUAUGUGGGCUGCAAGGACCAUGUUCUUUCCAUGAACAUCAACAAUAUCACCCAUGGGACCCUCAAGGUAUUUUGGCCAGCAUCCCACAGCAAGAUCGAAGAGUGUCAAAUGGCUGGCAAAGAUCCCACGCACGGCUGUGGGAACUUCCUCCGGGUGGUGCAGCCCUUCAACCGAACUCACCUGUUCAUCUGCGGCAGUGGAGCAUUCAGCCCCGUGUGCGCCUACAUCAACAGGGGUCGAAGGCCAGAGGACCGAGUGUUCUACGUUGACUCACGGGCGGAGUCAGGAAAGGGGAGGUGCUCCUUCAACCCCCUAGUCAACACCGUCUCUGUCAUGCUCAACCAGGAGCUGUUCUCUGGAAUGUAUAUCGACUUCAUGGGGACAGAUGCUGCCAUCUUCAGAAGUCUGACCCGCAGGAACGCUGUGAGGACAGACCAGCACAACUCCAAAUGGCUGAGUGAACCUAUUUUCAUCGAUGCCCAGCUGCUCCCUGAUGGGUCAGAUCCCAACGAUGCCAAGCUGUACUUCUUCUUCCGCGAAAGACUGACAGAUAACAGCGGAAACACUAAGCACAUCCACACAAUGGUGGCCAGAGUGUGUCCGAAUGACAUUGGAGGCCAGCGCAGCCUAGUGAACAAAUGGACCACCUUUCUGAAGGCACGGAUGGUGUGCUCAGUCGUGGAGGAGGACGGAACGGAGACGCAUUUUGAUGAUCUCGAAAGUAUAUUUUUGCUGGAAACGGACCACCCCAAAACCCUUUUGGUGUUCGCCAUAUUCACAUCCACAAGCUCUGUGUUCAGGGGCUCGGCCGUUUGCGUCUACAACAUGGCGGACAUCUUGACCGUCUUCAACGGCCCCUUUGCUCACAGGGAUGGCCCCAACUACCAGUGGGUGGCAUAUCAGGGUAGGAUUCCCUACCCCCGGCCUGGCACGUGUCCUGGUGGAGCCUUUACCCCUAACGUCCAGACAACGAAAGAACUACCAGACGAUGUGGUGAACUUCAUCCGGAACCACCCCCUCAUGUUCAACCCCAUCUACCCCAUGGGCAGGAAGCCACUGGUGGUGCGUACCAACGUCGACUAUAAGUACACCGCUGUUGCUGUGGACCAGGUGACCGCUGCUGAUGGCCAGUACCAAGUGCUGUUCCUGGGCACAGACAAGGGAACGGUACAGAAGGUGAUUGCCCUACCAAGCAACCGCUCUGUGAAUGAUGAUCUGAUCCUGGAGGAGCUGGAAGUGUUUAAGACUCCAUCCCCAGUGACUAACUUGAGAAUUUCUUCCAAAAAACAACAGCUGUACGUGAGCUCCGAAUACGGUGUCUCCCAGGUCUCCCUGCACCGUUGUCAUGCCUAUGGUUCGGCCUGUGCCGACUGCUGCCUUGCCAGAGACCCAUACUGUGCCUGGGAUGGACUGAGCUGCUCCCGGUUCUACCCCACAGGCAAACGGAGAAGCAGAAGGCAGGACAUCAUGCACGGUAACCCACUGACACAGUGCAGAGGGUUUAACCUGAAAGCAUAUAGGAAUGCAGCCGAGGUAGUGCAGUAUGGGGUCAAGAACAACGCAACCUUCCUCGAGUGCCCACCCACGUCCCCGCAAGCUUCCAUCCGCUGGCUCAUCCAGAGGGACAAUGACAGGAGGAAGGAGGUGAAGGUGAGUGACCGUGUGGUCUCCACAGACCAGGGUCUGCUCAUCCGCUCAGUCCAAUUGUCGGACCAGGGCCUCUACUACUGCCUCGCAACAGAGAACGGCUUCAAGAGAACGGUGGCCAAGAUCCGGAUGAAGGUGCUGAGCGACUCGCAGGUUGGCGCCCUGACGGACAAGCGUCGCUCUGCUUGGGGUUGGGCGAGCGCGCUGCACCCCAAGGCCCUGGCUUCAGCGGUAGGGCCCAGCGAUGUACUGGCCAUGCAGCAGUACUGCAAAGACCAGCGGCAACGCGAGAAGCCUCGGCCGCUGCGGGGCGACUUGGCCAAGCUCAAACCGCUGCUGGAACGCAGCAAGAGCCGCAACCGCAGGAACCAUCUACCGGAGACGUAAGAAUAGGGAAGGCCAGGGGGAUGGCGGGGUAGGAACGGGAGGGGAGGGAAGGGGAGAGCAGAAUGAGGAAGGGAUGGGGUGGGGCAGGACAGAGAAGAACGAGAACACGACUGCUGCCAUCUCAACGCUGUCCCAAAUGCACCGGUUCGAAAGGGGGGAGGAUUGAAAAGCUUCCUGUCCUCCCUGUUGUCUUAUUUGCAUGAGUUACCCUGACCGGACAACUGUGAGACACACACGCACACAGACAUACACACACCUCAUUUCACCCCAUCAUUUCACGUGACGGUGUGGGAAAAAGGAAGUCGAGGUAAAGGAGGAGUGUGGUUUUCAUCAGUGGACUAACCCCUUUUCACCUCACAGAGUAAGCGUGGUAAUAUUAGCGCCACAUAUCCUAUGUGUGAGACGCAAGUGAGAGACAGAACCACAGGUUGUUGUGUGGCUGGAUGGUACUGCCUAGGAUGAACCUCGGUUCCACGUGGAUUUAAUGCGUGCGGCCGAGAUGUAGGACGGUUGAACAUGAAGGUCCCUGAUAGAAGGAGUGUUUGUGAGAAGUGAUAUGGAAACGCGGGAGGAGCUAUGUAUGGAAUUCAGACUUUUGGUUCACGUGUUAAAAAAAAUGGGCGCAUUUUUUUUUUUUACAGUAAACAUGAAGGCAUUUUAGGAUCUGUCGUGUAAAAAACAGAUAUGCCUUUAUGCUAAAAAAAUAUCAAAUCUCUUUAUAAUACACUUUCAGUACAUAUAUUGAUACCUUUUUUUUGGCAAAAGGGCUUUUUAAAAUGAGAAUGAAACAUUUCUUUAUGCAUAAUGUACCUAUACCUUCAGAUAAACGAAAAGAUUCUUUGUAGAGCAAAAUGAAAGGAUUCCUGCUCGACACAGUACAGUGAUGCAU